AUGCCUGGCCGACCAACGACGACUUCUGCCACUGCAGAUAUGGAGGGAAUCGCAGUAAUUGGAAUGGGGUGUCGCUUCUCUGGAGGAGCAAACUCCGUGGAGAACUUUUGGCAGAUGCUAUGCGACGGACGCACUGGACAUGGGACAGUUCCCACGAGCCGAUAUGAAGCUUCGGGAUGGCAUCACCCCAGCCAUGAACGCAAAGGAGCGAUCAAUCAUGAUAGUGGGUUUUUCUUGCAGGAAGAUCCUUCACGAUUUGAUGCUCCUUUUUUCUCUAUCACAGCCAAAGAGGCGGAGGGAAUGGACCCAGCACAGCGUUUGUUGCUCGAAGUCGCAUAUGAAACAUUUGAGAACAGUGGAAUACCGAUAGAUACACUGCCAGGGAGCAACACAGCAGUGUACUCCGGCUCAAUGACCAACGAUUAUGAGCUAUUAUCGACAAGAGACAUCUAUGAUAUGGCUCACAACUCGGCUACCGGUAAUGGAAGGACUAUGCUGGCAAAUCGUUUGUCGUGGUUCUUUGAUCUCCAAGGCCCGAGUAUCAUGAUGGAUACUGCGUGUUCCUCGAGUUUGACUGCGGUCCACUUAGCAGCGCAAUCCUUGCGAUCUGGGGAAUGUGGAAUGGCCCUGGUAACUGGAGCUAGUCUCAUUUUGCACCCUAAUUUUACACAAAGACUCUCCUACAUGCAUAUGAUGAGUCCAGACGGAAUAAGUCAUUCAUUUGAUGAGUCUGCGAAUGGAUAUGGUCGGGGAGAGGGCAUUGGUGCUGUGCUUUUGAAACCUCUCAGCGCCGCAUUAGCCGAUGGAGAUAAUAUUCGAGCCGUCAUCCGUGGCACAGGAAUCAACCAGGAUGGUCGUACCCCUGGAAUUACAUUGCCCAGCCCAGCGUCACAAGCCAACUUGAUUCGUUCGGUUUAUGAACGCCAUGGUAUCUCAAUGAGAGACACUGCCUACUUUGAAGCCCAUGGCACUGGAACUCCGGCAGGGGAUCCAUUGGAGCUGUCUGCUGUCGGAAUGACUUUGGGUCAUGCACGAACACCGACUGAUGAGCCAUUAUAUAUAGGCUCAGUGAAGACAAAUCUUGGUCACACAGAGGGCGCUGCAGGAGUUGCAAGCUUAAUCAAAGUCGUGUUGUGCUUAGAAAAGGGUAUGUUGGUACCAAACGUCGGCUUCAAAAAGAUCAAUCCUAAGAUCCGGCUCGAUGAUUGGCGUUUACGACUGAGCAACGAAACAAUGCCCUGGCCGGACCAUCUUCCACGGCGAGCUAGCAUCAACUCCUUUGGAUUCGGCGGAUCGAAUGCACACCUAAUUGUCGAAGGCCCCCCGGGAUCCUUUCAGGGCGAUGCUGAAGAUAGGGAGCCUGCCCCUCGUGUGGUGGUGUUUUCUACAUUCGACCAAGCUGGCAUUGAACGGACCGGUCAAAGCUGGACCAAAUUCCUUCAACGUCAACAAAACCCCACGCAGGAGAUCUCACUAAAAGAUCUAGCUCAUACAAUGCUGACACGCCGAUCGCAGUUGGGAUUCCGCAGUUUCGCGGUUGCUAACUCACAAGACCAGCUACAGAGCAUCUUGGACAAGGGGCUUCCCAAGUUUUCUCGGGCUAGUCGCAAAGCUCAAACGAAACUUGCCUUUGUGUUCACAGGUCAGGGUGGCCAGUGGGCUGGAAUGGGUCGGGAACUCUUGAGAAUUUCCACUUUUAGGGAAAGCAUGGCACGAUCACAAGGCAUUCUCUCGUCCCUGGGAUGUCCUUUUGAUAUCGUGGAUGAGAUAACUGCAGAGGCAAAAGACAGUAAAAUCAACCGACCCGAUCGCAGCCAGCCCAUUACCUGCGCGUUGCAGAUUGCAUUGGUCGAUAUUUUGGCCAGUUGGUCGGUUUAUCCCAGCGCAGUUGUUGGUCACUCUAGCGGUGAAAUUGCCGCCGGAUAUGCUGCCGGAUAUCUUUCUCAUGAAGAUGCGAUGCGAGUCGCAUGGUUCCGCGGUUUCUUCUCGCAACAAAUUGUCCAGAGUGACAGACGAGGAGGCAUGCUUGCUACUGGUAUAUCGGCAGCGAACGCACAGAAAUACCUUGACGAGCUGCCCCCACGUUCAGUUGUCGUUGCCUGUGUCAAUAGUCCAGCCAGUACAACCCUUUCGGGUGAUGUGAACUUCAUCGAUCAGCUUGAAGUAAGGCUACAACAGGAUGGUCACUUUGCUCGAAAAUUGCGCAUCGAUACGGCGUAUCAUUCCCCUCACAUGGAAGAUCUUGUUCAAGUGGUAGGUGACGCCAUCGAUUGUAUCAAGCCAGAAGAUCGAUACAGUGGUUCAAUCCCCAUGCUUUCAUCGGUCACCAAAGAGCGUGUGUAUCCCACCGAGCUUGGUGGAUCAUACUGGGUGCGUAACAUGGUCAGCUCGGUAGAGUUUACUGCCGCGGUGUCACAACUCGCAAGCCUGAGCGAGUCUAUCAAGUCUCGCCGACGGCCGGUUCCAAUCAAAUGGACCGCGUUGGUUGAAAUCGGCCCACACGCCGUUUUGAAAGGACCUGUCACUCAGAUUCUGCAAUCUAUCAACGCAAACAUGGCAUCAUUGCCUUACCAUUCACUGGUUUCGCGGAACAAAAAUGCUUUGGAAACAGCGCUCGAAGUUGCUGGGUCUCUUUGGAGUACAGGACAUACAGUAGACCUUGUGGCGGUCAACAGUUGUGUCGAUACCACAAGCCCAACUGUGAUUGCUGAUUUGCCUUCCUAUCCUUGGAAUCACCAAACGUCCUUCUGGCAUGAGCCGUUAGAGACAUCGCAAUUGAGACAACGUAAGCAUCCCCGUCAUGAUAUCUUGGGGGCUGCUGUGGAUUAUCAAAACGCCUUGGAGCCACGAUGGAGAAACUUCUUGCGGCUCUCGGAGAAUCCUUGGAUGGUCGAUCAUGUUGUUGCUGGAUCGAUUGUAUUCCCAGCCGCGGGCAUGUUGGUGAUGGCUACCGAGGCAGCGCGGCAGCUAGCUGAUGGCCAGGCCAGCAUCAAGGGAAUAGAAUUCCAAGACCUUAAUUUCAUGCGAGGAGUGGUUAUUCCUGACGAAGAACGAGGUUUGGAAACUCUCCUUCAGGUCUCGCCUCAUCCAGGCAUGCCGGGUUGGUAUAAAUUCGGAAUUUUCUCACUUCCGUCCGGGGGUGGCUGGAUCCAACACGCGAACGGUGCAUUCAUUACACGAUAUGAAGACCGAGACAGUCCCGAGCAUAACUCAAACUGGGAAGUGGCAUUGGAGCGCAUCAAGAAUACCCAAGCAGUCGCAAAAAUGGCUGAUAUCACACAAGCACGUGAAUGGCUAUCUCAAACAGGAGGACUCACCGUCGGCCCGGCCUUCCAGACAAUCACUGGAGUUUCCUUCUGCGAUUCAGAGCCUCGUAUCUGGCUAUCUGGGGUGGUUACAGACACCAAACAAUCAAUGCCCUUCGAGAAGGAGUCAUCCAGUUUUAUCCAUCCCACCACCCUUGAUUGCCUCUUCCAGUCUGCCCUUCUGUCUUGCUCCGAGGCACUCUCCAACAACGACGCGAAUAUCCCUGUCGGCGUGGAAAAUAUCUACAUCUCUAAUACGUUCCAACCCCAGACAGGCGAAAAAUUCGUUGUCCACACAGAGACUAAGUGGCGAGAUGGAAAAUCGCGAUCCCAGUGUAUCGCAUCGGAUCCCUCCUGGUCACACCCCUGGAUUACGUUUGAAGGUGUUCAUCUCGGUCGCCUUCCUUUCAAUCCCAAUUCCCAAAAUCAGGAAGAAGCCUCAUCGGAGAGCCGAUAUUCGUCGAUUGUUUGGGAUGAGCAUUUGGAAUCGCCGCUUGUCCCCAGCGUAACCCACCACGGAAACAAGAAUACGGCCCCGCAAGCUAAAAGUCUCCAGCUAGUUGACUGGAUUAAGAGACUUUGCCAUACCAACGGGGAUGCCAAGGCGCUCAUUACUACUUCGGAUGCAUCAAACUCUUGGAUCGAAAAUCUCCAAGAGUUCCUCCCAAACGUCGGAAAGCGACCUUGCCUAGGAAAGGUCACUAUCGCUUCAUGCGGCCCCGAUAGCCAGGUGGUGGGUACCACCCCCGCAGAGAACAGUCCCCCAGGAACUCGCCUGACGCCUCUCGCUGCACUCGAUGAACUUCCAUCCUCGUCACUCGCUCAGGACAAAUAUGAUUUGGUCGUGAUCGAUGAGCCCACGCUUUGGGAUAGCAAUUCUACUCAGGUAAUCCUGUCUUGCCUGCUAACCAUAGUUGAACACGGAGGUUUGGCAGCAAUGCGGGUUCCAGGAACAAAUUUGGACUCAGCAGUGGAGAUGCUGCAGCGCUUCGAUGGCCUCGAACUUUAUAGUACGACCGAAGACCGCGAGUUUAUCAUCGCGCGCAGGACACCAGUCUCGUGGGCAACAGACCCUGAAAUCUAUGUUUUGAGUCCAGCAGACAAUUCUAACUCAUUCCCUGUCUUUGAGCAACUCGAGAAGAUCUUUGCUGGUCAUAACAUUAGACUGGUGCCUGUUGGAUUGGAACAGGUAGCUACACUAGCAGGGAAGACUGUGAUCUCGUUGCUUGACUUGGGAAGCCCCUGGAUAUCCGGCUGGACGGAAAAUGAUCUGCAACAUCUCCAAGACUUGAUUCGAGCUCAAUACGUUCUUUGGGUGUCGCCUUCCUGGACCGAGGGGGCCGUUGACAAUGUUGAAUCCGGUGCAACGGGUGGCCUUUUGCGAACACUUCGUAAUGAACAGUGGAACACUAUUAUCCCACACCUAUUGGUGGAUGUGAACGAUUUGCAGGACAAAUUCAGACUAGCUGCUGGCAUUCUCCAAGUCAUGCAGCUCACCACACAAGAGAGCUCACGCCGACCAGACUUGGAGUAUCGUCUGGCAAACGGUCGACUGCUAGUUCCACGAGUCCUCGAGACCCCAACGGUGGUUGAGGCCAUGGACACUCUGCUGAAUGGCCCCAGGCCCAUACUCUCAGACCUAACGCUUGACCCAAGACCACUUGAGUUAAGCUUCCAGGAUGCAGACAAUGCACACUGGGAAGAACAAAAAUUUACCGAAGACCAGCUUCGGCCAGACCACACUGAGAUCAAGGUUGAAAUGGCGACAAUCUUUGAUUUACACGGGGAUCAGAGGAAGACACCGGAGACAGCUCUUCCCAUGUUCGAAAUUGUUGGAAAAGUAACGCGUAUUGGAUCUGGUGUGCACGACUCGGCUGUUGGCGAUAAGGUUUUGACGUUAGCAUCAGCGAACUCUGGACUCUCGACAACAAUUCGGGCCUUGGAAAGUGACAUUAUCAGAAUUCCUUCAAACACCGACCCGAGAAAGGCAAUAUCAACUCCUCUGGCAUACCUCAACGCUUAUCAAAUUCUCACCCAAGUUGGUCGUCUCAGCUCAAACUCAUCGGUACUUUUGGUUGGGUCAAUCAAUAAAACUCUCCAGGCCAUGAUAGAUUAUGCCCUUGCCAUGAACAUGCAAGUAAUCGUGGCAGCUGAUUCUCUAGAUACCGCCGAGAGCCUUCGUUCUCGAUACCCGGUAUUGGCGAAUCGAAUUCUGGGCGUUCACGGUGGCAUGGAAACGAGCGUUUCUAGGCUGACAAAUGGGUGUGGAGUUGACGCCAGCAUUUGCUUCCUAGGCGGGUAUCCUGGUCGGAAUGCUGCGAGGUGUCUGGUCCCAGGUGGACAGUACAUUAAUCUGUCUACCGAUAUGAAGCUGAGUGCUCUUCCAGAAAGCUUCAUUGACAGUGGCUGCACGUUCUCUUCGCCGCGACUGCAGAAAACAUUCUCAGAGAAGCCCGGCAACCUCCAUGCUUCCCUUCGGCAUGUGAUCAAUUUCAUGAAGCAGAAUCGGAUGUUGGACCGCGUGGAAGCUUAUUCCAUCUUCGCUGUUUCUGAUCUCCAAUCAGCUUUAAAACACUGCAAAACAACCAACACCCGAGCUAUUAUAGAUCUUAAGGCCCCUGGAAUGGUUCCCAUUGUGCAGCCACUGCCAGAUCUUACUGGCUUGUCAGCGGAAGACACAUAUAUCUUAGCAGGUGGGUUGGGCAAUCUAGGCCUUGCGCUUGCUGAUACCUUGGUGCAGUCUGGGGCCCACCAUUUGGUUUUCCUUGGACGAUCUGGCGGCGUACAUCCUACCCAGCAGCUCGCCCUUGAUCUCCUUCGCGAUCGCGGGUGCCGCAUAGAUGUACUACGCUGUGACAUCUCCCAACAGGCGGAUAUUGACCAUCUGUCAUACCAGAUCCGCAGUAACAAUUGGACAGUCGGAGGCGUGAUUCAGUGUACAACAGUUCUGAAGGUGAUUACCCUGGUCUCGUUUUCCCCAUUAACACUACCUAAUUCCUUACUUUAUUUUCAGGACGCAAUGUUCGAGAACAUGACUUUUGAUGACUGGACUCAAUCCACACAGUCCAAGAUCCGCGGAACACUGAACCUACACCAUCUGUUUUCGGAGAAGAAAAGCUUGACUUUCUUCGUGGCAUUGUCCUCCGUGGCAAGUGUCAUUGGUAAUAUGGGACAGGCUAACUAUUCUGCGGGUAAUGGUUUCAUUGAUGCUCUCAUGGAAUGGCGACACAGUCAUGGUCUCCCAGGCUAUUCUAUUAAUAUCGGCCUUGUGCCAGAUGCCAGUGGACUUAGUGAUAUUUCCGAAGACCCAGAACAACGUCGCCGCCGAUACAAACAUCUCGAAGGCACAGAAAUCAUGACCCAUGAGCUCCAGACCUUGCUUAGAGUGAUAAUUAACAGCAAACUUUCUCUUCCGUCUCAGGUCAUCGCCGGCAUGACCGACUCUCUGUCUCGCAGCAAUGGUUCUACGGCCUGGGUCCUCGAUCGAAAGUUUGAUCACCGGCUUUGUGUCGCUGUUGAGGAUGCUCAGGAUUCUAUUCAGACCAGCACCUUACUCAAGGAGGCUGAUUCCCUCGAUGCUGCAACUGAGAUUGUUCUAAACACUCUGAGUGAAUAUCUAGCAGACGCAAUGGCUACAACCGCGGAUGCUAUCGACUCGGAUCUACCGUUGUCUGCGUUGGGUGUCGAUUCCCUCAAAGCUACUGCCGUUCAAAACUGGGUCUCUCGUGAAUUGGGGUCAGAACUGUCCUCGUUCGAGUUCCUUGGCUCGCAACCGACCAAGGCGUUAGCGAGAAAAAUCGCUUCCACUAGUUCAUUUGUCUCAGUGCCGAGCUGA